AUGCCACUUAACUACUCCAAGUGGGAUCAGCUUGAGCUCUCUGACGAUUCCGACAUCGAAGGCCACCCGAACGUUGACAAGCGUUCUCUCAUCAGAUGGAAGCAACGCGAUAUUCAUGAGAAGCGCGAGACCCGCAAACUCAAGAUCUCAGCCCUCGGCGCCGAGAUCGCAUGCAAUGGCGUCCUUUCUCCCCGUCUUCACAGCAUUCGCGCUACACUUGGCAGCGCAGACGGCGGGUUGAAGUACUUCCAACAACUGGUGGAGAAGUUGCAAACACAGCCAUCUCCAGAGGCACCGCCAACGAAUGCCAAAGAUCAGCCGACCUAUGAUGCGAUGAUACUGUCUCUGCUCCUGCAAGUUUGGGAUAGCGCAAAGAGCCUCCCUGCAGAUGAGCGGGAGGCUGCUGUACUCAGCGGUCUCGAUAAGCACAUCAAGCAGCUCGCAGAUCACACAAAGAAGUUGGAGAAGGAUCUUGAUGUCGAGGAGAAUGAACAAAAGAAGCACAUCACAAGUGAAGAUAUCCACGAAGGAUUCGAGAGCAAGUAUACUCCCGCAAAACCACCGCCUCCACCCGUCAAGAAUGCUAAAGUCGACGUGCCGACAACGACCAAGACUACCAAAACCACUGAGAUCGAGGUGCUGAAUCCUGCUGCCUCGAGUUCUAAUGCGCCAUCGUCAUCGGUUGCUCCAAAACAUUCUCCAGACUCUGUUGAUGAAGAUGAGGUAGAGGAGGAGCUACCAGAACUUACACCUUCUCUCGAACAAUUCUCUCGAUUACCGUUAUGGGAUUACACGCAAUCUUUCCACUUCAUCCAAGCACAUCGUGAAGUCGUUGUGCCCGGUGCAUCUGACGCGUUACUUGUGGCGGCUUUCCGUGCAGAGUCGAAGGGCCAGUUCAAAUACGCAGAGAAAUGCGUGCACCAAAGCUUACUCCUGCAGUACUGCGAUAAGCUGGGCAAAGAUGGCGUCCGACUAUUUUUCCAAAAGAUGAUCUCAGGCGACCAGCGCGCUGUCUCCGUCUUCGUCAAGGAUGUCGAAGGCACAUAUUCUCACCUUAAGACCCGUGCAAAAGCGGCAGCAGUGGAGACUUCUGACGUGCAGAAGGAGCAGAUACAACUUGUGCCCGAGAAUCCAUCUGCAACCAUCUCGUUCAAUGUACCUGAUGGUCCUCCGCCUGAGGACUUACGCCUCGAGGGUCCAGGGACGGAGGACCUGGAUGUUGAAGAAGUUCGCAAAGCAUUGCAGAUGCGAUGGGAGGUAUUCGAGAGCUUCCCCGAGGACCUGAAGGCUGCGCUCAAGAUCGGGACACUAGAUGAGGUCAACAAAGUGCUGGGUAACAUGGACGUUAGCAUUGCGGAAGACGUAGUGGAAAAGCUUGAUAUGGCUGGUAUCAUGAGCUUUGUGUCGGGAGGUGUCCGGGAUGAGACUGGGGACAACAAAGAAGACGAAGAGAAUGUUGAGUAA